AGCUGCUUUCCCUUCCACUUAACCAACCAAUCUGCCCUCUACACCAUGAUCAUGCCAAUGACUGAGAUAACCACCCGGGGUUACCGGACUUAAGUGGGUGGGACAAAAACCAACAAUCAACCACCCAAUCCCUUCCAUCCCCCACCUCACUGCAACUCCUCCCAGCCAGAUCAUAAUCCAACAUGCCCGCCUCCCAUGUCACCGCCAUCCAGUCCAUAUACGACGAGCGGAGUGAAAGCUACGACAACUCCCACCACGGAGUCCUCGCCGAAGCAUACAUCCGCGCCGCCCAGCCCAAACCUGGCAAAGGCGUUCUCGAUCUCGCCUGCGGUGCCGGACUCGUGUCUUUGCUCGCAGAGGAAAAGGUUGGCAAAUCUGGCCAGAUAGUUGGAAUCGAUAUCAGCAAUGGCAUGUUGGACGUCGCGCGUCGAAAGGCUCAGCAAGCCGGAUCGAAAGCCACCUUCAUCCAGCAUGAUAUUUCCGACUUGACGGGCCUGGACAUACUUCCGUUGGGAUCUGAGGGGUUCGAUUUGAUUACCUGCGCUGCGGCACUCGUUCUUCUCCCAAACCCUGAGCAAGCUAUUAAGCACUGGGCAACGUGGCUGAAGCCAGGCGGGCGGCUCGUCACGGACGUUGCCGCGAAGGAUGUCCACGUUCCUAGCCGGAUUCUGCGCCGCAUCAGUGACACGCUUGGCGUUUCGCUGCAGUGGGAUGAGAGCUGGGUGCAGAGUGAACAAUCGCUGGCGGAUCUCCUGGCCAGGGCGGGCCUGGAUGUGAAGAAGGUGUUUUUGACGGAGUCGUUCCAGGAGCGUCGGUAUCUGGUUGCUGACGCCGGAGAGGCUUUCGAAAAGGCUGUUGCUAGCCCCAUGUUCCGGAACUUUGGGGAUCCCGCCAUCAAGGACCGGGCAAAUCGGUUGUUCGUGGAGAAGUUCGUUGAGGAGGCUGGUUCCGAGGGGGUGUUGCUGGAUGAGGCCAAGAUGUAUAUGGGCAUUGCAUAUAAGGUAUAAGUGGUGAUGUCUGCUUGCUAACUACAUCAUCGACACGACAGCAGGGGAAGUAUAUGCUUGAAUAUAUUCUAUGAACUAUAUAACACUCAUGCCACGUUCCAACUAUCUACAAUCCUCAGAGACCCUCCGAACCUGUCCAGCCAUGUCCGAGCUACCCGGAACUGCCAUAAUCGGGUAUUUCCGGUCCUUCCCUUUUCAAGCCCUACCAACAUGGAGAUAUACCGCCCAGCAUGCCGUGAAAGCCAUGUUGCUGCUGCUGAUAUUGGACCCUUGGAAUACUACCCCUGGUAUCCAAGGAUAUGAUGGAUAACGAAUUGCGGAUAUGGCAGCAUGGCUUAUGCUGGAAUACUUCAAACCGGGAAAGGAUCGAAAAGGGUUACUUGUCAAGUCUACAGGUUGUCUCAGUUUACAUUAGUAAUGGAAUGCAU